AUGGCGCGCAUCAUCGAUUUGAAGCAGACAGAAACGGGUGCAAUCCGAGAAGCACAACUCAAGCUACCGAGCGGACGUAUCAUAAGAAGACUAAUUAACUUACUAAUUCUGCUUGAGCUGGAAGGCAGUCCGGCAGAGAAACGGUCCGGCACAAAUGAUGCAACGGAGUCGCCGACUAGCAAUCUGCAUAGCGCAGUUGGAAUUCCAGAUCAACGUUAUAAUCUCCGACCUCGAUCACGUGACAACAACGUGCUUACAAUCGGCCAAAGAUGUUGCUCUCCGCAAGUCGAGGAGGAUCACGAUCCGAAAAAGCAUUCCGAGGAAAACGGUCAAGAAGAACGCGAAUCGUUGUGCCACCACUAUAACCUUCAAUCAGAAAAAUUCACUCAACGUACAACAUCAGUCACCGCCCUGCCCAUUCCUAUUGAGGUGGGGGACUAUAGAGAAUUCUCUAUCCACAUAGCUAAUACAGUUCAAGGAUCGAUGGGGAUCGCGUGGCUGCAACGCCGCGCGCGUCCUCUGCGUCCAUAUCCCGUUCAGGCAUAA